GGAUGCAUGACAACGGCACGGUCGUCGGCCUGUACCCUGGACUCUGGUGUUUCUCCGGCUCUUCCUUAUCUAUAGUAUUUCGUCUCUAUCGUACCGAUUCAAAUCGUCUUUUUAACCUCUUUUCUCCUGUCUCAUUCCGACGACUGCAUCAUUCGCAAACUAAUCGCUGCCGUCGUACCUCGGCUCUAAUCUUCUGAUCUUCG